AUGACAACCUUGCGAUUUGUCAGAUCUGUCUGGGAGUCCUUCCGGGCUACCUCAGGGUUAGAGCCUCGCCUCCUUGACAAUUAUCGGACAAGCGUUUCGGGAUAUACUAAUAGCCGCUCUCAGCUCCGAGUAACUGCUGCACGACCUGGAACUGUCAACUUUGAGCUUGAUAUCCAGAAAGAGCACACGAAUAGACUCAGCAUCCUUCAUGGAGGGACAAUAGCUAGUAUGGUGGACCUUGGCGGCUCCCUAGCUGUCGCUUCUCGAGGCUUGUUUGCGACAGGUGUCUCGACAGAUCUUAAUGUAACAUACCUGAGCUCCGGUGGUAAAGUUGGAGACAAGAUCCAAGCGGUUCUUGGGAAGACUCUAGCAUACACAAACAUCAAGUUCAUGAACUCCAAGGGUGAGGUCUUCGCAAGAGGAAGUCAUACAAAGUACAUUGCUCUUGCCUGGAAAGACCCCAAAAACAUUGUUGAGGAACUCGAUGGACGCAAGGAAUCGUAG